GGACGACUUGUCACAACUUGUGUACGCGUGCUUCGUAUAUCUCGCUAUACAUGACGUAUUUCGACGAUAAAUUGAAAUAUGAGAAAAACAUCAAAGACUAUGUGGAAACUGGAAAAAUGUAAUUGAAAAAUUAACAAAAAUUAAAAAAUCAACGAGUGUAAUAUCCAAUUCCUCGCAAUUGUACCGGAUAUGACAGAAUACAGCAAACUCCAGCAAUUGUGCUCUUGCCGCGUCAAGCUCUAUACGCAGAAAGAAAAAACGAAAGACCGUUGUAAGAAGAAGAGGCAAGUUUUUGUGUACAAUCCGGAAGAAGAAAUCUGGCAUGAGCCCUAUAUGCAGACCCUCCGCCGCGAAUUCUCGAAUGAGUCUGUAGAAUGCGAUUCUAAGAUUGAAUUACCUUGGAGAGACAUCGCUCUGCCAGCGGCGGGUAUGAGCAUUCGUCCUGACACGACUUUGACGCCCAUAAUUGAUCGAAAAACAGACGAGACUGAAAUAGAAACCGUCAAAACCGAAAAGAGAGAAUCUACAGUCAUGACACUACCGUGGCAAGAUCUGCUCAUAACAGAGACCUUGCAAAGCACGCAGAUGGACGACGCAGAGAUCUGUGAUUCUUCGGUGGAAAUACCAUGGAGCGAUUUAGCCUUGGAAAAACCGAUAAUCAUAAGGCCACCGAUAGAGGAGAAAACUUGCGUGUCCGAUGACGUCGAAAUUCCAUGGGGUGAGAUUCUGGUGCCACGAAAUAUUAUUAUUCGACCGGAGAAAAAGAGGAAGCAUCCCUCAUCCGGACAACCACCUCGUGCGCGCGUCGCCGACACGACCUGCGUCGUUUGCGGCACAUAUCCUUGUUGCGCAAAAACUCGUGCGGACAUUAAGCUUCUACUUGGACCACUACUUGCGUGUAGGCUGUGUGUAAGGUAUUUAUUACUAAUAUGUAAUUUUCAAAAUUUUUAUACAAAACAUUUAUCAGUAGAGCGCACAAGACGCGAUUGACAUAAAGCUUUGUGGUGCCGCCGCUGGGCUGCGCUGUGGUAGCAAUCGUAUCUCAUCGACUCUCGUGAUUCAGUCAUCUUCAGUUGGCACUUGGCAGUGAACGCGAACGGUAGUUUAUCGUGAGUAUAUGAGAGAUGUAAUUGAGAGCGUCCUGCGCGUAACGAAAAUGGCGUAAUAAUCGAGCGUGUUACCGUUUUGUCUCGCGUUUCACGAACAACGAUCCCGUAAGAAGCGCGUCCGCGGCACUGUUUUCUCCCGCGGAGACAAUCGACUGAAGUGCGCCAUGAUCGUGUCAGGCCGACGAACCCGGCAACGUCGUUAGGUGAAAUUUAUACAGUGUGUAUUCCGAGUGUGCUUUAGUGAAUCGCGCGCGUCGAGAUAAGAGCUCGCGGGAUUUGAUGUUGUAGUCAUCGUCCUCGUCGUUGUCGCCGUCGUCGUGCAUCGACCAACGACGACGCUGA